CAGCAAUUUGGUAUAAACAGUUCAUUGCUAAACAUAAGGCUCAGAAAAGCAUAGAGUGAAGAAAUAUGAAGCUUUUUACAGUAUGUAAAUCAAUAGCUCUCUUAGUUGUGCUACUAUUACCUCCUGGUCUCAAAAGUCAUUCAUCUUUAUUUCCAUCCAACUUUCUCUUUGGAACUGCAUCCUCUUCAUAUCAGUUUGAAGGUGCAUACUUGAGUGAAGGUAAAGGUUUAAGCAACUGGGAUGUUUUUACCCACAAACCUGGAAACAUAAUUGACGGAAGUAAUGGUGAUAUUGCUGUGGAUCAUUAUCAUCGUUAUUUGGAAGACAUUAAUCUAAUGGAGUCCCUUGGAGUCAACAGCUAUCGCUUCUCAAUUUCAUGGGCUAGAAUUUUGCCUAAAGGGAGAUUUGGACAUAUCAACACAGCUGGUAUCAAUUUCUAUAACAACCUCAUUGAUGCUCUCUUGCUUAAAGGUAUCCAACCAUUUGUAACAUUGACUCAUUUUGACAGCCCUCAACAUCUUGAGGACACUUAUGGAGCUUGGCUAAGUCCUAAAUCACAGGAGGAUUUUGGAUAUUUUGCAGACAUUUGUUUUAAAUCCUUCGGUGACCGAGUGAAAUACUGGGUCACCUUCAAUGAGCCAAACUAUCAAGUCAUCCUUGGUUAUCGUUUAGGUGAAUAUCCUCCAUCUCAUUGCUCAAGGCCAUUUGGAAAUUGCAGUCGGGGCAAUUCAGAGAUGGAGCCUUUCAUUGCAGCUCACAAUGUUAUCCUAUCACAUGCUACUGCAGUUCAUAAAUACAGAACCAAAUACCAGAGAGAGCAAGGAGGUAGCAUUGGGAUUGUUUUGCACGCCGCAUGGUUUGAACCCAUUAGCAACUCCACAGCAGACAAGUUAGCAGCCGAACGAAGUCAAUCCUUCUUCAUGAAUUGGUUUUUGGAUCCAAUUACAUAUGGAAAAUAUCCUGUAGAGAUGAAAACCAUUUUGGGAACUAUACUACCCGAGUUUUCAAGCAAAGAUAAAGAGAAAUUGAAGAUGGGACUGGACUUUAUUGGAAUCAAUCACUACACCAGUUACUACAUCCGAGACUGUAUCUCUUCUGUAUGUGAACCUGGAUGGGGAGCUACCAAGACAGAAGGAUUUUGCCGACGAAGUAACCAAAGAAAUGGUGUCCCCAUAGGAGAAUCCACCUCAUUGGAGUGGCUAAAUGUAUACCCACCGGGAAUGGAGAAGGUUAUAAACUACGUGAAAGAGAGAUACAAUAACAUACCCAUGUUCAUUACAGAAAAUGGAUACGGCGAGAUAAAUACUCCAAAUUCCACCACUGAAGAGUAUCUCCAUGAUGUCAAAAGGGUCGAAUAUAUGACUUGCUACUUAGAUGCACUGUUGACAGCAAUGAGAAAUGGAGCAGAUGUCAGGGGAUACUUUUCUUGGUCCUUGCUAGAUAACUUCGAAUGGACAAAGGGCUAUACAGUAAGAUUUGGACUUCACCAUGUUGAUUAUACCACACUGAAGAGGACUCCUAAGUUAUCAGCAACUUGGUAUAAACAGGUCAUUGAAAAGAAUAGGAUAAUCAAAUCCCAGACACCAGAGAAUAUUCAAGAGCAUCUCCAGUGUUAGGGUCUUAAUCUCCCUCCAUGUUUGUGCUCAGAAGAACAAUAAACAGAACCAGAUACAAAAUAUCCAGGAAAACGAGCUAUUUAAGUUCAGGUUUAGUAUUAUAUUCAAAACAUUCUAGAAUUAUGUAUCCACCCUGAAAUCAAACGCAAGUUUCACUUGGUAUUUGAAAGCAGCAUGCUAAAUCUUUAGUACAGGAAAGUUCUUUUUCAGUUGAAUGAGCUAGACAUGUCAAGUACGGUUACUGGAUAUUAUAUCAAAGAUAAAGUCUGAUAGACAUCGUUACAACAAAG